AUGGUUCUGAUGCUUUGCUGCAGCUUCGAUCCCUUCUACGUGGGACCCUGACCACCCGGCUGCCUGGCUCCUUCGAUGGGAGGAACUCCCUAUUGCGGAUGCGGUCCCUGUGGAGGUUGCUGUAGUCCUUGCUGCGGUCCUUGUGGUGGCUGCAGCUCGUGUCCCUGCGGUUGGUGAAGCGCCCACUGGAAAAAUUGUCUGAAACCGCUAUCAUAGGCAUUACUAAGGCAGCAUGCAGUAAUAAGCCUCUUCCGAGAUCAAGCUUCUUUCAAAGACUGCUGGAGGUAUAUGUUCUUAGAAAUCCCUUUUCCUUGGCAGGGGCUAAAACUCCCAAGCUCUCGUAUACAUAAAGAAUUUUAUUAUUAUGGGUGUUCAGUAAUAAAAUGAAUUAAAAUACAAAAUUAACAGAAUA